UAUUUUAAGUCCAACUCCAAGUCCGUGUGCUUGGCCUUGCCUUCUCUUUCUCCCUUUAAGCUCAGUGGAAGUUGACUCCACUUGGACAGGUGCAUAUUCCUCCCUCCCCAGCUCCACGCUCAAAUCCAGGGCCACCAGCUCAAAUCCAGCUCAGCUGCUCACCAGCGAAGCAGCUUCGAGUUCUCACGCCGUCCUUCCCUAGGGGCAGCGUGGUCUGAGGUCAGGGCUCUGGGCCCUGCAGACCUAAGGGCCAUCAGGAUCUGGCUUCUGUCCUGGGCCCUGCUGGGCUCCAGGGAAGGCAGUCGGGCAGUGUGGGCUGUCCUGUGAUGUCACUCUAAGACUCACCAGAGAGCUCUCAGAAACCAGGAGCCCGUUCCCAACACCCCAGCAGGCGUCUGGCCAGGAUCACGCCGGAAGCCUGAGCUGGUCUUUGCUAGAAAUGGACGUUCCUGAGGCGCCCUCUGGUGGAUCUGACGGUCUGUAAAUUCCAAGUGAUGUCCAGAGUCCUCACGCCGCGGCCCAGCCCCUCCCCGGGAAACGGGACUCUGUACGAGCAUUACAACUACGUGGGCAAGCUGGCCGGCCGGCUGACGGACGCCCCCGAGAGCAGCACGCUCACCACCGUGCUGUUCCUGGUCAUCUGCUGCUUCAUCGUCCUGGAGAACCUGAUGGUUCUCAUUGCCAUCUGGAAAAACAAGAAGCUUCACAACCGCAUGUACUUCUUCAUCAGCAACCUGGCCCUCUGCGACCUGCUGGCCGGCAUCGCCUACAAGGUCAACAUCCUGAUGUCAGGCAAGAGGACGCUCAGCCUGUCUCCCACGGUCUGGUUCCUGCGAGAAGGCAGCAUGUUCGUGGCCCUCGGGGCAUCCACCUGCAGCUUGCUGGCCAUCGCCAUCGAGCGGCACCUGACCAUGAUCAAAAUGAGGCCGUACAACGCCAACAAGAAGUACCGAGUCUUCCUUCUCAUCGGGAUGUGCUGGCUCAUCGCGCUCUCGCUGGGAGCCCUGCCCAUCCUGGGCUGGAACUGCCUGCAAAACCUCCCCGACUGCUCCACCAUCCUGCCCCUCUAUUCCAAGAAGUACAUCGCCUUCUGCAUCAGCAUCUUCACCGCCAUCCUGGUGGCCAUCGUGAUCCUGUACGCGCGCAUCUACUGCCUGGUGAAGUCCAGCAGCCGCAGGGUGGCCAACCCCCAGCACUCGGAGCGGUCCAUGGCCCUGCUCCGCACCGUGGUGAUCGUGGUGAGCGUGUUCAUCGCCUGUUGGUCCCCACUCUUCAUCCUCUUCCUCGCCGACGUGGCCUGCAAAGUGAAGGAGUGUGCCGUCCUGUUCAAGGACAAGUGGUUCAUUGUGCUGGCCGUGCUCAACUCCGCCAUGAACCCCGUCAUCUACACGCUGGCCAGCAAGGAGAUGCGGCGGGCCUUUUUCCGGCUGGUCUGCCACUGCCUGGUCAGGGCCCAGGGCACCCGCUCCUUGCCCAUCCAGCUCACUCUCGACCCGAGCAAGAGCAAGUCCAGUGGCAGCAACAGCAGCCCCUCCCCGAAGAGCAAGGAAGACAUCACCCAAUCGGCCCCCUCACCCUGCAUAACGGACAGAAACAGAACCCUGCAGAACGGGCUCCUCUGCAAGUGAGGGCGGGGCUCACGGGAGGAGCAGCACCCAGCCCUGCGGCACCGGCUUAUUUUUUAAAAAUAUAUUUUUAUUGAUUUCAGAGAGGAAGGGGGAGGGAGCGAGACAGAAACAUCAAUGAUGAGAGAGAAUUGCUGCCUGAGAAUCAUUGAUCAGCUGCCUCCUGCGCAACCCCCACUAGGGAUCAAGCCUGCAGCCCAGGCAUGUGCCCUGACCGGGAAUGGACCGUGACCUCCUGGGUCAUAGGUUGACGCAACCACUUAUGCAUAGCAGCCUCGCCAGGGCUUUACUGGAGCUGAGACUCGGGAAAUCUGUUUUGCCAGCAGCCUGCUGGGUGAGGCUGUCUCUCCAGGCUGGGACUCAAGGGCUCGCCAACCCAUUUCAGCGUAGACAGUGCUCUUUGUCCGUUUCCGGUCAAAAGCCUUCCAAGGGUACCAAGCUGCACGGGGCUUCACGGGGCCACUGUGGCACGCGCAGCAGCUGCCGCACGCAGUGCGGUUCACAGGUCACACGGACAUGUUCUGACCGCGCUGUUAGGACCUGACUGGGAACAGGUGACACCAGUCCCAGCCUCAGACAGACGUGAAGUCUGGAGUUGAGCAGGUGUUGAUGCCAAAAUUCUCAGAAAGCCCUGUCCAAGGCUGUCCCAGGAGCCUGGAUCUGACCUCACACAGUCCUGGCACGUGCCCAGGAGCAGGUCAGUGUUUGAAGGAUCCUGGCAAGAACAGCCACGUUCCCCGCGGACCUGCCUCAUGUCCCUGCACAGUGUUAAGGACAUCCGGAGCCAAAUUAGCCAAAUUACAUGAUUAUUCAUGGGUUUCCCCAAGUCACAAAAAAAGUCAACCAAGGCCCUUCAGGAGCCUGAGCCCCAGACCAACUAAGAAAGGCACCUAACCGGAGGACCCAGGACAGACCCCGGGGCCGCCUCAUCAAGUGGCCGGCAGCACCCACCUGCUGAAUGGGAAAUUUCUACUGAAUUAGGACAGGUUACGAGGCAUCGCUUUGAUCCUGUGUAAAGUUUGGUUCUGUAUCAGGAAAGCACCACGUCAGAACCCCGUGUUGUCACAGCUGAGGAGCUGGGCCAGCCGCCCUGUCACCACUUCCGGAAAGCUGCCCUGACAGUCACUGUUCCAGCAGCUGCAUUGUCAGGGGGCAGACGUGAGCUGGGGGCUGCGCCCUCUUCCAGGAAGUGUACCAUCACAACCUUCCUUCCGGCGCAGGCCGGCUGUGUCACGGUCUGCCUUACGGGGGUGCGCCAGGCGCUCUCGUGCGGCUCGACCCCAGGGGUUCUACGUGAGCACAGACCAGAGCCACGUCUGUAGAGCUCUCGUAAGCACACGGUUGACGUGUUGAGUUCUUGAAAAAUCAAAGCAAACAACCUUCAAAAGGAUUCUUACUUGGGGAAACCUUCAUGAAGUUUUAGUUUCGGUGCGAAUGUUACCUGAGUAAAGACGGAAAGAGUAGUAUUAACACGUUAACUUCUCUGCAGAGAAAUUGACUCCUGUUUUUCUGACACGAGUUCCUCUCAUUAAGGGACAUUUCUGUGGUCCUGGGGCAUCUCUAUGGAGUGACCAGAGACUGUCCUCAUGUUAUUACUGACGACAUACAUCCUGUUCGUAAGGAGAGGUUCCUCAGUGGCAUUUUUUGUUACCUUCUUACAUCACUGAAAAAGAACUUAUUCCUUUACCCUGUAACAUGAGAAAACCCAGGGCAUUUCUUGCAAAGUUAAGCAUUAAAGUACGGGGUUCAGAAAAAAAGGCAUCAGAGAGCCAAAACGGUGGGCAUUCCCUUUCGCUGAGGUCAUGGCGUGCCUGUCAUAGUUUGAGUUGGUUUGGGGCCCAGGUCUCGGGUGCUAAUAAUAGUAACACUUUGCACCAUAGCCACAACUUCCCUUUGAAAUAACACAAGACGUUCAAACAAUCUGAAUGAAAAGUACAAGAGUAAUUGUGUUCAUUUGAUAUGUGCAAAAAAUAAUCAACUGUAACAUGCCAUGUGCACUCCUAACUAGCCAGCCCAGAGGUCUGAGUGCUCAGCCACAGACAGCCUGCCCAGAGGUCUCCUUCAGUUAGUAACCUGUGUUAUGUCCCAUGUAUGUGUGUUAAAAAAUAAAACCAAAAGCCUUUGCGUAAACCGCUGUUGGGAGUCCAUGUGGGGGUGCACGCCGGGGCGACGACUGGAGGAAUGCAAGACGGUAGCUUGGCCUCUCAGCUGGUCCCAGUGAUUCUUCAGGAAUGAAACCAUGCAGAACCCCGAAACCUUCCCACCUAUACUUCCCUCUGGUGCUUCUUGGGCUCCGUGAAGCCGGGUACAGUGGGCUGUCCCCAUGUUGCUAGGCCAGGCUGUUUGAAGGUCAGUAGACUGCCUUUUGACAGAGAAGGCGGUGAGAGCGUGGCAGUCAAGGUGGGGCCAAGAGACAGGAUGUUUGGUUCUCUCCAUUUGCAAAAGGAGAGAAGAGGUCGGAACUGGCCCUUUCCCGACUUUCUCCUUUACAAGCGGUAAGUUCGUGUGUGUGUGUGUGUGUGUGUGUGUGUGUGUUAUGUUCUACAGAGAAUGAGGCCAGCAUUUGGCAUGACUAGGAUGGUGGCCACAGGCAUGAAGAAAUCCCUAACACAGCCAAGCACCCCGCCUUCUGCUGCCUUAGCUUCUGCACAGGUCAGUGAGCUGACACAGGCCCCUCAGAACGCGUCUGCCGUGCUCACCCACACCCUUGGCCACGGGCAGGCGUGGCUGUGCUCGUGCUGUAGAGACUGGAGAGUGGCCGAGAGAGCCUGCUUCCGGUGGGAGGGUUUCAAACUCCCUUCCCCUCUGUUGAGGCAACACAAGAUCCACCAUCCAAAUGCGAGACUUUUCAUGAUGUUCUUUAUUGCUCACAGAGUUACAACGACAGUCAUUUAAACAAAGGACGAAAUAGAAAACAAGGUGCAUUUUAUAGAAAACUACCUUAUCAAGUCCAUGCUUUAAAUGGUCUCUCGGAGGGCAAAACCUCAACCCAGUGAUUGAGUGCUAAGUCAGAUAUCAAAGGGUUUGCCCAGAGUCGGAAAUGCACUAUUCUGAAAAUGAAGGCACGUUUUCUGAUAACCAGUGGGAAGUGCAGCAUUGCCUGCGUGGGUGACAGCCUCCCUCCUGGGCCAGUGGUGACCCUCGGGAGCCAAGCAGCCCCUGCACUGGCCACCCCAGAGGCACAGGGACGUGCCAGGUGCGUCAAGGGCUUGCAGCUGGGGCCACGGCAUCUCCUGACGGAGGGAUGUGGGUUCUCGGAGGGUGAGGAGGGCAUUGAAGCCAAUUUCCUUCCCUGUCGCAUUGCCAGAGCUCCCAGCUGUCAGCCAAAUGACUGUGGCGUUACCCUGUCAUGGAGCGGAGAGGAGAGAACUUGCAUCAGGCUGUAUUCCCACUCUGCGGGCCACAGCAGGAAGUGGUGAGUGGGCAAUAAAUCCAGACACAGAACUUCACAGGAAAGCUUUCCUGUUUCACAAAAGUUAAUGGAAAACCAAACACAACAUUUUAAAAUAAUAUUUUUCAAUAUGUAUAAUUUGUCAUCCAAAUGCUUUUUAGAAAAGGAAAUCUUAUUGUUACACAUUAAAGUUAUGUAGAGUUCUUGCCUAAUCCUUGGCUUUAAAGAUGAACUGUUUAAUUCUUGCUUAAAUCUGAAUACAAAGAACAUUCACAUAAUUUACAAUAUUUAUUCUAGAACAAGUCAUAGUCAAAGAAACAGAGAACAUUCCAUGUGCAAUCAACACAUAGUUGUCACAGGCAAUUCUGUUUUAAGGAUGGGUUUUCCCAUUAUUUUUGGCUUUGUUAAUUGUCACUUAACUGAACCACUAAACCUCAGGACCACAGCGGGCCCUCCCACGUGCACAGUUUUCUACCUACAGCAUCUUGAGGUGACUCAGCCAAACAGGAACUUUGAGAUUUCAGUUCCCACGUGAGGGAGCCCUGUGUUUAGGGGCCUCAGGGGCUCACUUAUUUGGGGCCCUGUGAACGCAGGAAGGAAGAGAGAAGUGAGGAAGCUGCAUCACCUGCACCCCGCACCCCUGCUAGCAGCAGCUCAUGCCUGCACAGGGCCCCGCCUCCUCCUGGGCCUUCCUGCCUCGUCUGUCUGCGUGUCUCCUGCCCUUCAGUUGCCACAGCCUUCAGGCCCACCCAGGAGCUCCGGCCGCCACAGUCCUCUUGCUCUUGGCCACAGCCCCAUCCAGCUCAUCACACCCACACCCUGUGGUCCUCCUGGGUUUCCUCACAGGCCGGCAGCUCCCCCAUCCCGCACGUCUCUAUCCCGGGAGCCCCGACAGCGCCUGCCCCGGGGGAACUAGUGUACGGACCAGAACACAAGAAGGCUGGUUAGACGCUGGGAAGUGCCAGGGACGCAGCGGCUGAGGGAGGGCACCGUGCCUCGCCCCCCAUGGCAGCUGAUGGGUGGGCCUCUGCCACGCCUGGCCUCUCGCAGACACUGCGUACUGAUGACCACAGGACGGGCGCCCCUUCUCUCCUUAGGCUCCUCCAUCCCCCCU